UUUCCCCUAACCGAUAUGACACCGCCGACGGAGCCAAGUGCGCGUAAAGUAGCCCGCUCCUCCUCCUCGUCAUUUGGCUCCAGAUAUAAACACAGAGCGGCUCUCUGUCCGCUCCUCAGUCUCUCAACCAGCAGACAGCUUGCUCCAACUGGCCGAAAAUCACAACGAGAGCAGGAGGGGACGGUCUCUGGAAUUUCCCCCAGGAUGGAGGAUUCUCCAUCCAAGCGAUCUGUGGCUGAGCUGGCUGGAAGGUUCAAAGGUCACAGUGUACCAAUGCCUACCCCAAAUGACGAGUUGCGAUUUCGAAGAAGACCUCCCUGUUCCCUAAAGUUACAGAACCAACCAGAUGAAAGUGACUCAGAUAAAACUAUUGUCUCACCAAAUCCCUUCAAGAUGAAGAUGAAGAACUCCUCCAUGAUUGAGAAAAUCCAGGCCGACCUCGCCCUGUCCCCCACCGCUCUGCUGCCCUCGCGCACCAAGAGCCCCGAGGUCAAGCUCCAGCCGGCGCUGUUGUCCCCGACCACGCGCUGCUGCCCGCAGAGCCCCCUGAGCCCCACCCUGCGGCCCUCGCAUCCGUCCAGCGAAGAGGAGGCCGCCGUCAACUUCGACAGCCCCGCGGAAGGAGCCGCCCUGCCGAGCAUCAACAAGACCCGCGCGCGGCUAUCCUUUAAAAGGCGCCCGCCCACCAGACAGCACAGGAAGUCGGCUGGAGAGGAGGCGGAAGGCUCUGGGAGCGCUUCGUCCCCGUGUGAACUGGACACACCGAAAGAAAACGGGGACACGGACCAGGUUUUUGAAUACGAACAGCCGGCAAGCUUGAAAGAAGUUGAAGAGAAGGACAGGGACUGUGACACAGCCGAGGAUGGGGUUUCUCAAUGUGAGCCAGAGGACGGGGGGGAUCCGAGGAUGGAGCAGGAGGCCGAGCGAGCCCAGAACCUGGAGGCUUUGGAGGAGUCACAGCAGCCUUCAGGUGCUGGCCCUGCCCAGCAGAUAGAAGGCCACGUGGAGACAAAGGAGCAGGAGACGCCUCUGGAGGAGCUCCAAGAAGGACAUGGCAUGGCGUAAAGUUGGAACGAGUGUGUGCGUGUUCCUGUGUGUGCUUGUGUGUAUGUGUAGUUCUUUUACUGAGUACAUUAUUCAGUGCUUUGGUUAAGGUAACUUUAAAUACUCCACAGAAGAAGUUAGUCCGUUUUGGAUUGCUGGGUUCCUGCUCUUCUUUUGGGUCCAUUUGUCGUCCUCCCCUGGCCGUCUACAGAACAGGUCGAUAAGCACUGGAGACUCAGGAGAUGCUGCGUUGACAAAAUGCAGAAUAUUAUUAAACUUCAUUUAUUUAGCCGGUAGAUCAGAUCUAUUCUCAUUUCAAAUCUCUAUCACUUUAUGUUAAAAACUAUGUACUUUGCUUAUCUAGCUGGCUCGUUUGAUAUAUUUCUGUCUAACUCUGUGUUGGUUUUGCUUCAUUUUGUACACUGCAAAAUUUGCAAAGCGUGGCUUCAAUCCUCAGCAAUUAUGCACAGAAAUGUUAAGUCAAUAAAAAUUUUCCUUCUUCUUUAAGAAAACAGUUGA